AUGGAUGUGCCUCGGAUGGGCGAGGGCCUGUUCAGCAGCACGCUCUCGGGGGCGUCGGGGGGACACCAUGUGCCCUCCUACCUCACCCUGGAGCAGAAGGCGGCCUUCGUCUUCGUGCUGCUGCUCUUCAUUUUCCUGGCCCUCCUCAUCGUCCGCUGUUUCCGCAUCCUGCUGGACCCGUACCGCAGCAUGCCCUCCUCCAACUGGACAGACCACACAGAGAAGGACACGUUCGACUACCGCAUAGUGUGA